AUGUCUGUAACUCCCAAGAACGUCUCCUUUUCGUCCCGCGGCCUCAAGAUCGCUGCUCAUCUCUACCUCCCCCCCUCCGACGCCCCCAACCGCAACGGAGCCGCCAUCAUCAUCUGCCACCCCUGGACCUCCAUCAAAGAACAAUCGCCCGCCAACUACGCCCGCGUCCUCGCACCCGCCGGCUUCAUCUGUCUGACCUACGAUGCCGCUUACCAGGGUGAAUCAGAGGGAGAGCCCCGCGAUCUUGAGGAUCCGUAUCAGAGGGUUGAAGACAUCAAGUGUGCGGUUACGUACCUCGUGAGCCUCAAGGAGGUGAACAACGACAAGAUUGGCGUCUUUGGUAUCUGUGCUUCUGGUGGCUACGCACCCUUUGCAGCACAGACAGAUCUCCGCAUCAAAGCGUGCGCAACAGCAGCAGCCGUGUGCGCCGGCACAAUGGCCCGUCGAGGCUAUGAGAAGGACUCUUCCAACAUGGACGUCCUGCACUCUCAACUUCAAGCCGCAGCCUCGGACCGCAACAGCGACGUUACAGGCGAAAAGGUAGACAUCGUCCACAUGCUACCGGAGAAGUACGAGGAUCUACCAGACGACUUUCCCGAGUCGUUCCGUGAUCUGGCGAAUUACUAUCGCACGUCUCGAGGACAUCACAAGCGAGCGACUAAUACCUGCAUUCCCCGAAGUUGGGAUAUCAUGGGGAACUUUGACGCGUUUGCGUUUAUUGAGAUGAUCAGCCCAAGGCCGUUAUUGAUGAUUACGGGGACAAAGGCUGCGACAAAGUGGUAUAGCGAAGAUGCGGUUGCAAAGGCCAAGGAGCCGAAGGAGCUUGUUGUGCUUGAGGGGAUGACGCAUGCGGAUUUGUAUGACAAGGUUGAUGAGGCGGGCAAGAAGUUGAUUGAGUUUUUUGGAAAGAGUCUUUAG